AUGGUGCACAGGCCCCAGAGCUACAAACAGGGAACCCGCUUCACACUAGGUGUCAGUGAGACUGAAGAAACUCACCCCCAAAAGGGAAAUGAUGAAUUUAAUCACUAUUCAAAUGCACAUACUUACAGCUACACACCUACAUUUUGUACUCCAGUUGGCAUAGUUGGUCUAGAUAAUUUCAACGGUCUGGGGAUAGCAUUUCCUAGCCUCUGGACAUAUUUAGUCACUGCUGGACCUCCCAAUGACCCAGACACUGCUGAACCUCCCACUGACCCAGACACUGCUGAACCUCCCACUGACCCAGUCACUGCCGAACCUCCCACUGACCCAGUCACUGCCGAACCUCCCACUGACCCAGUCACUGCCGAACCUCCCACUGACCCAGUCACUGCAAAACCUCCCACUGACCCAGUCACUGCUGAACCUCCCACUGACCCAGUCACUGCCGAACCUCCCACUGACCCAGUCACUGCUGAACCUCCCACUGACCCAGACACUGCUGGACCUCCCACUGACCCAGUCACUGCUGGACCUCCCACUGACCCAGUCACUGCUGAACUUCCCACUGACCCAGACACUGCUGGACCUCCCACUGACCCAGUCACUGCUGAACCUCCCACUGACCCAGUCACUGCUGAACCUCCCACUGACCCAGUCACUGCCGAACCUCCCACUGACCCAGACACUGCUGGACCUCCCACUGACCCAGUCACUGCUGAACCUCCCACUGACCCAGUCACUGCCGAACCUCCCACUGACCCAGACACUGCCGAACCUCCCACUGACCCAGUCACUACCGAACCUCCCACUGACACAGUCAUGCUCAACCUCCCACUGACCCAGUCACUGCUGAACCUCCCACUGACCCAGUCAUGCUCAACCUCCCACUGA